AACUACCAUGAGUGUGCAAACACCGUAAAAGUAUAAUGUUUGGGAUUUCGUACGGUGAGCUCUUCCUCAUUGUUGGAGCGGCCGCUGGUCUAAUCGGUCCCAAGGAUCUCCCAAUCAUCGCUAGAACAGCAGGAAGGUUAGCUGGCACAGCAAUCGGGUACGUUCAACUUGCUCGUGGUCAGCUUGAAAAUGUUCUGCAGGAGUCUCAAGCUAGCCAGGUACACAAAGAACUCAAAGAAACAAUGGAACAACUAGAAGCAAUUCGUUAUGAAAUCCGAAGCAUAUCUACCAUGAAUCCGGGUCCAUUGACUCGUAGGCUAAUGGAAAAUCCAGAGCCUACUUCACCUGGCAGUGGUAUUACCACCCUUUAGAUAUCUACAUUCUUA